GAGGACAGGCGGUUGCUGGCACUUGGUUGCAUUGUUUGGUAGUUGUUCUCACGAUCCAGUGAGGCAGAGAGAAGGGAGCUGAAAUGACGGGUCUACUCUCCUUAAGUAUCGGACCUUUUCGAAACCGGGUCCGGACGGUCCGGGAGUGGAGCAGAGACUUAUCUACAAUUUCAGCCACUUUUCGACACAACGGAGGGCUCUCGUCGGUAUGGUUACACUUUGUUUUUGUUGUACGAAAUUUAAGUACCAAAUUUUGGUACUUUUCUGACAAAAAAAUCAUGCAACUUAUUAUUUUGCAACAGGUUAUUAUGUGUACGUAAUUCAGCAAUGUUUUGCAUGUGCAGGAGUCCCUCAUGGGUGGAUUUUAGGUCUGUUAUGGAAAAGAACACAGUGUUCUGUGUACAGAGAGCAGACUUCAUAAAAACCCUUAAAAUUGUCAAAUACUACAGUGUUUGAGGACUAUUCCUCUGUCAGGGUGAAUGCUUGUGAGGUUUACCUUUUAAAACAACGCAUUUUAAAGCCAAAUUCAUCCGUUUUGUAACGUCUUAUCUUUGGGGGUGUGUCCUUGCUGCUCUGCUGUGAAGGGGGCGUGUCUGUCCUGCUCCCCAUACAUGCGUUCAGCUGCAGACAGGGUUUGAUGUCUGCAGACACAUUAAAUAUAAGUAACAGUCAGUGGACGGUGGAAAAUAAAAGCAGUGAACCUUUCUUAUAUUGUAUUCUGUAUAAUGGCAUUCUGUUAUCAUUGAAUGGAUAGUAUUGUGGCCUUGCUUUAAAAGAUAUAAAGAAGACACACUCUCAAGGUUGUGACCUGCAUAUUUGGACUUUGCAUCAUUAUUGAAAAAUCAAUGAGAAAACAUGAUGAAGAGUGGUUAUUUUGCCCAAUCUCAAAAAUCUAAAAGAGCGGCAGUUUCAGACCAAUCAAUGUUUUUAAACCAAGAUGUGUUAGUGACACACGGUCCACCAAGGCUGACCAUGUUGCAGACUAUUGCUAUUCUACACACUCAGAGGGAUUUUCCCCCUGCUUGACAGUUUGGGCAAAACAACAUCAGAGAGUUUAAUACAAUUAUUUAAGUCUGACAUGGCCUGUUUUGGAGCAGAGACUGGCUGAAUGGAGUGAAAAACAAAACUGGAGCACUUGAGCCGCUGUGUACGCUAUUCAAGUUUGAUUUAAUUAUUUUAUUAUUCAAUACUUUUGGUUAAAUGCACCUUUGAUUUUAAAGUAAUUUUAAUUUGAUAUGCCCUGCUCAAUUUACAGUUGCAGAUAAAGAUAAAGAAUAACUAAAACACAGCUUUAGACAGAUGUCUUUGCCUAAAAUAAUAUGUUAGACUGUGCUAAAUACUUUAAAAAUAACAAUGCUAGAGUUUGGUCAUUUUUGACUCUGAAAAUAAACCCCACUCAAGCAUUUGUCUGUAGCUUUUAAGAAAAUGACUCUUUGUAACCUGUUGAAGUAUUUCAUUCCUGUUGACUUUCACAGCCACUGUUACAUUUAGGCUCAUGUUGGGACUGUGUUGUAACUCAGCAACAGUGCUGUAGUGACCUCAUUGAAUCAGAUUAAUUGUGCCACAAUUUCUUUGGCUCUAAAUGGCAUCAUAGUUCAUAACUUUAUUAGUGGUUGUUCAUGGAAAAACAUGUAACAGGACAAAUAAGCAUCAGAGCUACAGCUUGCAUGGCUGAUUUUUAACCCCUGUAGAUACCAGGUCUCUGUGGUUUAUUAUGUUUAAUUACUGCCUGUCUAACCAUCAUUCAUACCAUGUUGAAUACAUACAGUAUUAUAAAGAUCUUUAUGGCUUUACUUCUUUUUAUUGUUUUGUUUAUUCAUUUCAGAAAUUACCACUGAUCCAAAGAAGGUGUGGAGGACUAUAUCAACACAAUUUCCCUCUACCCCGGUUCCUCAGCUCAAACAAACCACCCAGAGGUGAUGUAUCAACCAAUCCAUUGUAUUACCCAGUGCUUAAGACUGAAUGUUUAUCUCUACUCAAUGAUCCCAAGUCAGUAUGAAGCUUUUGCCUUUAAUUCUUUUGGUGUUUGUGUUCCUCUGCUUGUUUAGGUUUUGAGAAGUUUUUCCCAAAGAGUGAAGAAAGCAGCAAAUCAGCUGAAGGUGAGGAAGGUUUGAGUUCAAGUCAUCUUUAUUAUUGACAGCACUUGUAUUGCCUCAUUUUUCAGCUGUUUGAAGUGUAUGAGACUUCUGUCUCUUUUUUUUUUAAGGAAACACCAAAGAGCCAGAAUCUAUUGUGAGCGAAAGACAGAACACAAAUGAUGAUGAGGACGAGAGGCAAAGAGGAGGCAAAAAGGAAGAAUGGUACUCAUGGACACGUUUUCAGGUGUGAAUCAUAGAGAGGGGUUUUCAUACAUACAACAUAUGUAAUGAAGUAAAACCAUCUUUAAUUUAGGCUGUUAAUGCUGCAUCAAAAUGCCAUUUACACUUAAAGUGUGGAAAAGUCUCACUAAAAUGCACAGCCUCAAACUUAUAUCUGAUAUCAAUGUCACCUCUAGUUUUAGUGUUUUGAAGACGUACUAGCUCUGACCCUACCUUACUUUGUAUUUAGAAAAAUAUUUCUUUAUCUCACAGGAGGAUUUCCCCUUGGAUUCAAAAGUUGUCCGUAACAUUUUAAUCGGCGCAGCAGGCAUGUCCACAGCAUUCUUGUAUUUUUACUUCCGGGAGACGGGGGUCCAGAUCUCCUGGAAGGACUUUGUGCAUCACUACUUGAACAGAGGCGUGGUAAGAGCCAGAGCGUCCAUGUAGAUUCUCAUUCAUCCAGGUCAUGGAUAUCUUGAAGACUCCAAAAACAGGCAACUGGACUGUGUAGACAGCCCAGUUGCCUGUUUUUGGAGUCUUUAAGAUAGAGCCAGGAAGUCUUUUAGUAUCUUUGGCAUGUUUUGUAGUUUUGAUCUGUAUGUUUGUGUAAACACGUCAGUAAUUGCCUAUUCUUCACAGGUAGAUCACCUGGAGGUUGUCAACAAACAAUAUGUCAAAGUGAUUCCUGCCCAUGGGGUGAAGUCAUCAGAAGUGGUUAGCAGGAGUUUUGGACUUUACACAUUUAUGUCUAUCAUUAGUUCUAGGAUCUAAUCUGGGGUUUUGUCUUAAAAAAAUAAAACCCAUUAUGGCUCUUGUCCUCCAGCAUAGUGACUUGUUCCUAUUAGACUGUCAGUUGUGACUGAAACCUGCGAUAUAUCCAUCCCAUGUGCUGUGUUAAAGAUAAAAUUUAAGGCAGGAAAAUUUGCCCAAACUGCUUUUUCCAAAAGCCUUAAAAUGAAAACAAUGAAUCAGGAGUUUGCUUGGCCAGUUACCAGACCAAGUAGAACAAGUAAAAGCUGGUGUUAAAGGAAAGAUCAGAGUCAAAAAUUAGUCCUAAGUUGUUGGCCUUUAUGAGAGCAUUAUAGUUAAUGCACCCAGGCUGGAGGACAGAGUUAGAAAUGUAUAUACUGCAUGUGCUGUAACCUUCAUGUAAUAUUUUCUGUUUUUAUAUAUUUCAGAGCUAUUUGUGGUUCAACAUUGGCAGUGUUGACUCAUUUGAACGUAACCUAGAGAUGGCCCAGCAAGAACUGGGUGUAGAGCCCACACAUAAAGUACCUGUUUUCUACAGCAGUGAGAGUGACGGGUGAGGAUCUCAGUUUUUCACAGUUUUUCUGCACUUUUGUUGGUGACUCUUAUGCACGUUGGAUUCUCUCAUGUUGACCCUGUUUUGAUUGAGCUUCUUUUCUCUCUCUCCCCAACAGGACCCUCUUCUUUACUCUAUUCCCAACAUUGCUGCUGGUUGGCUUUUUGCUUUUUGCCUCGCGACAGGGACCAUUGGCAGGAGGUCGUGGAGGGAGGGGGCGAGGAAACCUUUUUAACAUGAGUGAAUCCAAAGCAAAGGUCAUAAAAGACAACAUCGAUGUGAGAUUUAAGGAUGUUGCAGGCUGUGAGGAGGCUAAACUGGAGAUUUUGGAGUUUGUCAACUACUUGAAGAACCCUCAGCAGUAUAAGGAUCUAGGAGCCAAGAUCCCAAAGGUGAGCUGUAACAUACAUCCCUCUAUCAUCAAUGAUUGUGGCAAAGAUCAGGGAUGAUAGUGUGAUAUUAUUAUUUGACUGGUGAGAUUAUACGGAAUAAUUUAUGGCCUUUUUGCUUGUAAAUGUAAAAUUCUGCUUUUAUUUUCAGGGUGCAGUGUUAUCAGGGCCUCCUGGCACCGGCAAAACCUUGUUAGCCAAAGCCACAGCGGGAGAAGCCAACGUCCCUUUCAUCACUGUCAAUGGCUCAGAGUUCCAGGAAAUGUUUGUGGGCGUGGGACCAGCAAGGGUCAGUACAGGGCUGAAUUCAGGACUCUGACAAUAGCCCCUUAUGUGCUACAAACGUAAUGGAAAGUCUAUUAAGUCUGAUUGCAAAAAAAAAAUAAAACAUGUGUUUGUCCUGUGAUAGAUACGAGAUAUGUUUGCCACAGCUCGUAAAAAUGCGCCCUGCAUCCUUUUCAUCGAUGAGAUCGAUGCUGUGGGCAGAAAAAGAGGCCGAGGGGACUUUGGUGGCCAGAGCGAGCAGGAAAACACCCUCAACCAGCUGCUUGUGGAGAUGGAUGGUGAGCUGAUCAUUAUCGCUUUUUGUUUAUAGCUUAUUUUCAUCUAUUUCUGUGUGUUUUCUUACCCUGCUCUUUCCUUCUGUCUUCACAGGGUUCAACAGUUGCACUAAUGUAGUAGUUUUGGCUGGUACCAAUCGAGCUGAUAUCCUGGAUCCAGCUUUGAUGAGGCCAGGGCGAUUUGAUAGACAUAUAUAUAUAGGUAACUCAUCUAAAUCCUGCCUCUGUAUUCUGCACCUAUUUUAUUGCAUCAUUAACUCCAUGAUGGAUUUUCAUAAAUGACUGAUCUUUGUGCCCUCUGUCCCCUACAUUAAAUCAAAAAUACCUCUGAUAAAAAUACAACCUCAUGUUUUUUUUAAACACUCCCCCCAAAAAGAAAACACAGAUCUUUCAUCCCAUUUUCAAAACAGACUUUGUUUGUAGAGUUGAGCUUCGCCUCUUGCUAUUGUUUCCAUCUGGAGAUAAGCAGUUUGUUUAGUGGCAUGGUGACACAUGCAGCUGCACACCAGGCACCGUACAACAGAGGCAGUUUAGUGUCAAUGAUGUGCAUGCAGACCUAGAUUAAGCUGUUUUUGUUUCCCUCUGUGCCAGAACAGGUGACUCUUUAUUCUUGUAAUUGCUUGGUUUCCAUUCAAAGCAGCUUCAAGCCCAUUAGACCGGCCUCUGUUCUUUUCUUGGCGCCUUUACAGUUAUGUCGUUAUAAGCGUGUGUUGCAGACCGAGUGCUUUUAUCUCAGCAGUUAAUGUGGUUAAUCUUUUUCCGCUGGCUUGAAUCGAAUUAGCUUUUAAACCAGAAGUGCCGGCCAGUUUUGUUGUGACAAAGAAAACAGGGUCAGAGCUGUCAGUUUAUAAAAGAGAGAUUGGAUAACUGAUGCCAGUCGCCACUCCUCUAGAUGUUGUCCACUUUCAGUCUUUCAGCGGCUGCAAGUAAACAGUCUGAAUAAAAGUCUGACCUCAUUACUCUGAAAACAGUUUCCCUCUUUUCCAGUUUUAUUGCUCAUGCUUAGAUGUUAAGUUCCUGGUAUCAGUUCAUUUUCUAUCAGAAGAUCAGAGUGUUUCAGUCUUUUACUUUGAAACCCAGUCCUGCAAAAUUAUUUUUUUCAUCACAGGUGGUCAAACUGGAGCUUUUAAUACCACUUUCUCUGCAGCUUUUGCCCCAUAAUCUUUUAUCUAGCUGCAGUUUUAAAGUAAAAAGUGAAUAAAGAUUAUCACCUUCCAAAUUUUAUAGGGGUGUCCGGAUACAACUUUUUGACUUCCGGUCUGAUACCUAUAUUGUCCCCUUCAAUACUGACAAAUACCAAUAUUGAUCUGAUUUUGGCACAAAAUUGUGCAUGACAAGUUUUUCACUAGGCUGCAGUGUCUUUUUCGGACUCAAACAAAAACCACUGCCACAAGGCCGACAUCACUCUUACUCCUUGCUACUUUGUUAGUACCUUAGCACACACUGUUGGUGUGAUUUUGUGGACUCAGCUUGCUGGAUGAGGGCGCUGCUAGCUAGAGGUGCUGGAGCGGAGUCUGGAAUGAGCUGAUUGUAUGGGAGUGCUGAUAUCUGAGAUUUUAGAUGCAGGCUGAUAUAAUCCGAUAUUCAUAUUUUUUUGCUGAUAUCAGACCGAUAUCCAAUAUCAGUAUUGUGAAAGGACACCCCUAAAAUUUUAUCUUCAAAGAUACCUUGUCCAACUUCAUGAAAUUCACAGUUCAUUAUUUAUUUGUUUUCUUUAUCUGCAGGUCCGCCAGAUAUCAAAGGCAGGGCGUCCAUCUUCAAGGUGCAUUUAAGACCUUUAAAGCUUGAUUCUAGUAUCGACAAAGAGGUUUUGGCCAGGAAGCUAGCUGCACUAACUCCAGGUUUUACUGGUAAGAACAAUUCAUGUUCAGGUCAGCUUGGUCAUUUGAUGGAUUUCUAAGGAGCAUUUGGUUUGUCUGUGAAGUUAAAUCGCAGUCUAACUCUCGUAUCGACUCUCUUUGUGCAUUUCAGGGGCUGAUAUUGCUAAUGUGUGUAAUGAAGCUGCUCUAAUCGCUGCACGCCACCUCCACCAACAUAUAAGCACUAAGCACUUUGAGCAGGCGACAGAGAGAGUUAUUGGAGGUAAGUUAUCAGACACAAACAGUCUAUGUACCCGAUAUUAUGAAAGUACUCCAACAUCACUAAUUCGAGUAAUUUGAGGGCAGAAAUGGACUCCAAGAGUUUGUUUUGUUGUUCACAUCUGUCAUGUGUUGUUAUUCUGUACUGUACAACAUUUGUUUGAAUGGAUUAUUUCGUGUUUACUCAGAAAUGCUGAAAUUCUAGGUCAGUCAGUCAAAUGUAAUAAGCUCGUCAUCCUCUAAGGAUUUAAUUCUAUAAUUCGCUAUGAUUUGAUUUUUUUGUGCCACUCUGAGACAAAAUCUUUCCACACCACCCUCCUCUCAGCUGUCUCUGUAGCGUCCCACCAGAGCUCAUAAACCCUGAUCAUUUGUUGCAUGCACAGAUAAUAUAGAGAUAUAGAGUGCUGUUCAGUGAGACGUCCUUCUUUCUCUCAGGUCUAGAGAAAAAGUCUCAGGUACUUCAGCUUCCAGAGAAGACUACUGUGGCAUACCAUGAAGCAGGGCAUGCUGUUGUGGGCUGGUUCCUAGAACAUGCAGACCCCUUACUGAAGGUACUCAGUAUUGAGAAUGUUUCUUAAUUCUCCGGCAUAAUUCUCUCUGUUUUUGCCCUCCCACUGAGCAUUUUUUGGUCUAAAAGAGGUCUAAUUGACGUCUAAAUGUAGCCUAGAUGACUGGUCUAAAAUCAGGCUACCACAGGUCUAAAAAUCUAAGUUUUUUAGUCGUCUAAAUUUAGACCAAGUUUAGACCAAGUCUAAAUCUGGGCUAUAUCUGUACUACACUGUAUAUUGCUCAACAGCUAUCAUAAUUAUUCUAGUUUAGUACUUGGGGAUCAGUUAUGCAACUCACAGUUGCUUUUUGAAAUAAAUAGUUAUCAAAUAAUGGGUGAAAAUGCAACCGUCUAAAUUCCGUCUAAAAAUACACAGAAUCUAGACGGUUGAAAUUAGGGGUAAAAAAAAAAUAUAUGUCUAAUAGCUGUCUAUUGCUCAGUGGGUUUUGUAUCACAAUGAUAUUAAUUACAUUAAUAAUAUUUUUCACCCUCAGGUAUCCAUCGUUCCCAGGGGUAAAGGUCUGGGUUAUGCUCAGUAUCUGCCUAAAGAACAGUACCUAUUUAACCAGGAGCAGCUGUUUGACAGAAUGUGCAUGAUGCUGGGAGGUCGAGUGGCAGAGCAGGUUUUCUUUCAGCGAGUCACCACCGGAGCUCACGAUGACCUCAGGAAAGUCACCCAGUCUGCAUAUGCACAGGUAAUAAUUUUCACAUCCUACAACAAACACAAGGCAAUAGACCACUGUAUGGUAUCGCAGAUAAUAUUGCAGUGUUAUUAAACAUUAGUGGUGAAUCAGACUCUUAAAGUGAACAACACUGAUUUAAUUUUCAACAGUUAAAAUUAUAAAUAAAGAAAAAAAAAAUAAAUGAAGCAACUUCUGAUCUCCAGUCCCCUUUUCUCUUUAUUUUCAGGUUGUUCAGUUUGGGAUGAGCGACACGAUGGGUCAGAUGUCCUUUGACCUCCCUAGGCAGGGGGAUAUAGUUACAGAGAAACCCUUCAGUGAAUCUACAGCUCAGCUCAUAGACCAGGAGGUCCGCCUGCUCAUAGAUGCUGCCUUCCAGAGGACACUCCAGCUCGUCACUGAUAAGAAAGACAUGGUGGAGAAGGUGAGGAAGGUUGUCAAUGCAUAACACGAGCUGAAAUGCUUCCCUGCUCAGUGAAGCAGCCUUUGAGGACAAGAAGCCUCAACAUACAGUACAUGCUAAAUUUGAUCCUCCAUUUAUCAAGUUUCUCUAUGAAAAACAUCUUUCAUUACAAGUAUAACCACUGUCCUCUUCUUCUCCAUCUUCUCACCAGUGCAUUUCACUUGGUCACUCAUUGAAAAAAACAUGUACUUUACUAGUUUGUCCUUUCCAUGCUGCAGUAGAAGCAUGGUGAUUCAAGAUGGUGGCCACUGUGAAAGUGGAUCCACUUUUAUGCAGAUAUAAAAGUCUUGUUUAAGUGAACAGGAACAAAAGAAGUUUCAAAUUCAGGUGAUUAUACUCUGAUUUAAACUUACAUACAAAGAAUAUAUUGACUUGUUCAAUUUUUACCAAGUGUAUUUUGCUGAAUGCCUCUAAUUUCUACACACUCCACCUUUAAAUGACAGAGAGACUGGAGAUAAAGUGUCAGAAAUUCCCAGGCUUUUUGGGAAAUGGAUGUGCAAAUAUAACUUCUGUUAUAUUUAAGAAUAAAUAUGUGACUGUGUGUGUUGCAGGUGGCAAAACGUCUUUUAGAAAAAGAGAUUCUGGACAAAGCAGACAUCGUGGAGCUACUAGGAUCUCGUCCCUUUCAGGAGAAGUCAUCGUAUGAGGAGUUUGUCGAAGGACUGGGGGAAUUUGAGGAGAACAUAUCUCUACCUAAAGGACUGAAGGACUGGAACAAAAACAGAGGUGAAGAAAAGCACAUGCAGGAUCAGCAAAAUAAAUCAGCUGUGUACUUGUAGGUGGACUUGAGCUGAACGGAAAUAUUCCACUGGAUUCAGGUUAGUGUUUCUUAAGAGCAACACCAUCUGGUCCAGACUGCAGCCUGUCAGGGCUCUAAAAAAAAACCUUGUUCAUCUCAAGGACAGCUGUAAAGGGAGGAAUUGUAAUGUGUUGCACGGGUCUACAACGGCCAAAAAACUGGUAUACGUUAUAAUGUUUGCAGUCUAGUGUUGGUAAGCCAAGGUGUAUGUUACUUGCAUUUUACUGGAGACCCCUUCCUUUCAUAUUCUAGUGCCACACUUCCCCGCAACAACUGAAGUGUUGAAACUAGCAGCUUUUGUCGUUUUAGUAAAUCUGCUGACUGUUUUCAAGAGUAUGCAAUUUCCGAUUAAGUCUGUUAAAUGUAAAAAAAAAAAAAAAGAGAGAGAGAGAGAGAUAUGUGCUCAUUGAAGGUUUUCAGGAGCCAAAGUGAAUUUUUCAAAUAGCCUUUUUUACCCCUUUAUUAAUCCAAAUCCCAAAGACUUUUAAUUUAGUGUUAUAACUGAGAGUGAAAAGCUGAAAAUGUCCAUUUGAAAGUGAAAACAAACAACUUUACUUUGCUUUAAUGAUCUUAAAAGAUAGUUUGAAAAUGACUUUCUUUUGACUUUUAAUGUCACGGAUAAACAACCCACAUAAUAAUAAUAGUAAUGAUAAUGCAUCAGAUUUCAUAUAGCGCUUUAUCAGAUACCCUCAAAGUGCUUUACAUUGGAUACAUCAUUCAUUCACUCACACAGUCACACCUUGGUGGUGGUAAACUACCUUAGUAGUCACAGCUGCCCUGGGACAGACUGACAGAAACAUGGCUGCCAGUUUGCGCCUACGGCCUCUCCGACCACCACCACACAACACUCACAAUCAUACACCAGUGGAGGACACACACUGGGAGCAAGGUGGGUUAAGUGUCUUGCCCAAGGACACAACGGACAGACUCGGGAUAGGGGAGAAUCGCCAACCCUCUAAUUAUUGGACGACCACUCUACCUCCUGAGCUACUGCCGCCCCAAUCUACUAAUAAUAAUCUGCUGUCAAAGUCAGCACAGACAAAAUUUAGAGGACUGUAUUAAGAGUUAAAUGAAAUCAAACUUUACUCAAUCGUACCCAAAAACAUACUUUUCCUUGGCCAUUUUCAGAACCUUUUCACCUUUUAAGUCGCUUCAAGUCCAAACUUCCAUAUUAUCCUGUGAAUAGUUGAAUAUUAUAAACAUGCUUGAGUGAGGAAACCAGGUUUUGUACUUUGUCUGCGCUUGUCACUGUUUUAUUGUACUGUUCUGUAAAGACACCAUCUCACGUCUUGGUCUAUGCUUCACUUCUCAAAUGCAUUCAUACAUUUUAAUAUCUUUAUUCAGCUAUCCUCAACCCGGUUCACAUGAAUAUAAAUUAGUAAAGGCAGCUGUUAGAAAAACCAUAGUGUUUGGUGCACCUAAAGUAAGAGCAUUGUUACAAAAAUUAAUGGACCUCAUGUACUGAAGGUUUUCUGUCACACAUUAGGACUAAGGUUUUACACUCUUCACUCACUCACACUACCUCACAGUCUCUUUUUACUGCCUCUUUUAAACAGUUUUUCCUGUUUAAAACAGUUUUUCCUGUUUAUCGUAAGAACUAAGCUCCAUGACUUCACUGACCGUACUUUACUGUAGCAUAAGUGGAUCUCAGCAAAGUGAGAAUUUACUGUCUUUUCUUCAAUUCUCCCCUCAAGGUUUAGUGAAAUGACCUUAGAUUUUUUAUAAUCAGAAGUUUUUUCCUUCAGCCUUUUUGUGACUUACAUUGAAAUGUCUCGAAACUGUGAGCCAACUGAGCAGAAAUCUCACCUUAUGGUCACGAGAACCACUCCUAGAGAUGCUGUUAGCAUUGUAAAUCAAUCUUUGCCUUGAGCUGAGCAAAGGAGUUAAUGUAAAAAUAUACUUGAACUAUAAAUGCCUUGCAGUAUAAUUAAAGACUGUUAUCAGGUUUGCCCUGUGAAAAAGGCCCUGACCAGCUGACACUGGAACAUUUUUGUCAUUCAGAUUUAAUUUAAAAAAACAUUCACAAAAAAAUGAGCAGGCUGGUUGUAUAUAGAGUUAUUGUGUGUUUUGGGCCUGCUUGACAAUCUUGUUUUUUUUUGUUCUUGUUUGGUGAAUAUUUGUUUUUACACAAAGUUAUGAUUGAAGAUGAAUUAAGCAACUGCAAUGUGAGGCUGCUGUGACUCUCCAAUAUUAAACUGUUUUUAUACCACA